AUGGGGCUACACUCCCAUGAGAUACAGCAUCAACCACAGAAUAAUAAGGUAAGAAAUACAAAAUAUUAGUUAUCUUUAAAGUAUCGCUCUUGCGCCUUUUUUCCUUUACAAACCCGUCCUUACAGGCACUACAAACAAUUCAGAAUCUAUAUCCAUUUAACAAAACACAAAAGAAACCACCGAGACGUCACUGUCCUCCUGCAAUGUGACAGAGGCGGCUAAGUACAAGAACAGUUGGCAUAUGACAAGAAGCUCCUGUUGUCCCCUGUAAUCUUAAGUCACAGAUCACAGGGCACAUGCAGACAACAUGCUGUGGGGAGGGACUUGAAUAAGCAAUAUUACUGUAAACCACUUGACAUCCUUAGCAAUAAGCUCGACAGAUAGCACUUGAAGAAAAGCUUCAAAGAACAUUCCGAUUGGAAUUAUUCUCUAGAAAGAAAUAUUUUAGCAAUUCCGGGGUUUUUUUUUUCAGGAAAAUAAACAAACUGUGAGUAUUCCUUGCAACCUUUUAUUUAUAAUAAUGAAUGCAUUUAAUGCUUUUGUUUUAUAGCAUUUUUAUGAAUUUAGUUUAUUGAUCUGACACAGCUACCAGGAUAGAAAGAAGUGAUACAAUAAAGUAAGCCAGGUAUACACUACACCUACAGAGCUAACACUCUAACAUAAAGAAGGGUCUACCCAAAUGGUAAGGAGGUUUUUAAGCUACAGUCUGCUGCUAUCAGUAGCUUUGCCAGAUCUAAAAUGUAUUUCUGGCCACAUAUGAUUUUACAUAUCAAACAGCCUUCAGUAGUCAAUUCAUUUUUCUCCUAUAGCAUACUAAGGGGACCAUCAGCAUGAAGAGGUGAUAACAGCUGAAUAACAAUGUUAUUUAGUCAUGAGACAUUUUUCACUAUUCCAAAGACAGAGAGCGAUAUUGAAGGUAUGCUUGUAUAUUCGAUAAGUUUGACAAGCGAAAUGGGAAAAUAUAUUUAAUGGCCAAAGACAAAGAAUUAUGUAACGGGAUUGCCUGCAACUUGGUGGGAUGAUAGGCUGUUAAAUCAUUGAAAUAUAUUCUUUUUAAGGAUGGAUUGGUAUGUGGUAUGUGAUGACAUGUAGAAUGCCUUCUGGUUUGACAUACAGGUGAUACUCGAAAAAUUAGAAUAUCGUGCAAAAGUUCAUUUAUUUCAGUAAUGCAACGUAAAAGGGGAAACUAAUAUAUGAGAUAGACGCAUUACAUGCAAAGCAAGAUAGUUCAAGCUGAGAUUUGUCAUAAGUGGCAUGAAAACCCCAAAUCUACAAUCUCAGUAAAUUAGAAUAUUGUGAAAAGGUGCAAUAUUCUAGGCUCACAGUGUCCCACUCUAAUCAGCUAAGUAAGCCAUAACACCUGCAAAGGGUUUCUGAGCCUUUAAAUGGUCUCUCAGUCUGGUUCAGUAGGAAUCACAAUCAUGGGGAAGACUGCUGACCUGACAGUUGUGCAGAAAACCAUAAUUGACACCCUCCAUAAGGAGGGAAAGCCUCAAAAGGUAAUUGCGAAGGAAGUUGGAUGUUCCCAAAGUGCUGUAUCAAAGCAUAUUAAUAGAAAGUUAUGUGGAAGGGAAAAGUGUGGAAGGAAAAGGUGCACAAGCAGCAGGGAUGACCGCAGCCUGGAGAGGAUUGUCAGGAAAAGGCCAUUCAAAAGUGUUGGGGACUUUCACAAGGAGUGGACUGAGGCUGGAGUCAGUGCAUCAAGAGCCACCACACACAGACGGAUCCUGGACAUGGGCUUCAGAUGUCGUAUUCCUCUUGUCAAGCCGCUCCUGAACAACAAACAACGUCAGAAGCGUCUUACCUGGGCUAAAGAAAAACAGACCUGGUCUGUUGCUCAGUGGUCCAAAGUCCUCUUUUCUGAUGAGAGCAACUUUUGCAUCUCAUUUGAAACCAAGGACCCAGAGUCUGGAGGAAGAAUGGAGAGGCACACACUAGAAGAUGCUUGAAGUCCAGUGUGACGUUUCCACAGUCUGUGUUGAUUAGGGGAGCCAUGUCAUCUGCUGGUGUUGGUCCACUGUGCUUCAUUAAGUCCAGGGUCAACGCAGCCAUUUACCAGGAGAUUUUGGAGCACUUAAUGCUUCCUUCCACAGACGAGCUUUAUGGGGAUGAUGACUUCAUUUUCCAGCAGGCACCUGCCCACACUGCCAAAAGCACCAAAGCCUGGUUCAAUUACCGUGGGAUUACUGUGCUUGAUUGGCCAGCAAACUCGCCUGACCUGAACCCCAUAGAGAAUGUAUGGGGCAUUGCCAAGAGAAAGAUGUGAGACAUGAGACCGAACAAUGCAGAAGAGCUGAAGGCUGCUAUUGAAGCAUCCUGGUCUUCCACAACAACUCAGCAGUGCCACAGGCUGAUAGCUUCCAUGCCACGCCGCAUUGAGGCAGUGAUUGCUGCAAAAGGGGCCCAAACCAAGUACUGAGUCCAUCUGCAACUAGGCCACUAGGGGGCACCAAUCAAUUAUCACUACUUUUAGUGUAAAACAAAUCUAAAAGAUUUCAUAAACUGCACCAAAAAUGAAUAGAAACUAGGCCUGAAUCACACCGUAUGUCCCAUAAUCCCCUUCUAUCUUGUUCACCCUAUGAUGGGAAGUACAAACCCCACAGCUCCUUACUGUCUGUGUCCCCCUGUGGUGGAAGGUACAGACUCAUGUUCCACAGCUACUUCCUGUCUGUAUCACCAUGUGGUGUAAGGGACUGACUAUGCUAUGUCUCACAUAAAUGCUAGUUGAUUCUAUUUGUAGAAUUCCUGUAGAUUUCUUCAGAGGAAGUUCAAUGUUUACAUAUUGCAGUGUCUCCCUGUAUCUCAGAAUUCCAUGCUGUUUGCUCUUGGGCCAUGUGAGGAGCCAGGCUAAUUCUCAGUCUUCUCUCGUUAGGAAAUGGAACUUGUAUCUAAUUUGCAGACAAUGAACAUCACGUCGAAUCGUACCUAUGCUGCGUUUCAGUACUCUGUCUCCAAUGAGAAUCCCAACUACACUGACUACAAGCCGGUGGAAAAGGAGCUCAUACCAAUCCCCAAAGCCGUUCUUUACAUCCUCAUGGCUGGUUUGGUAGUGGUCGCUGCUGUAUAUGCCAUUGUGGGACACCUCAUCAAGGAUCUAGCCCAUGAUAUAGCAGGUAAAGUAAAUAAUGUUUAUGGAACAUCUUUCCGUUUGUGAAACAUUAACAUGUAUAGACGGUCCAAGUGUUUUUGUUCCCUUUGCUCUGGAUUUGCAAAUAUCAUCUCCGACAUUCGGAUCUUUUCGGGAUUAUUCAAACAACAACACCCUGUCAAUACUGGCUCCACGUGAGCCAGAUUUCAAUCAGAUGUGACUGAAUGAGAUCUAAAACACAGAUUUAAAAUUCGGACAAGAAUUUUUCAAACUGCAAACUAGUUGCAUACGGGCAGCACUUGGAGCCAGUGGGUAAAUAGUUAAAGACCCUAUGUAACUAAUGGUAGGAUUAAAAGGACACUCCAGUCCUACUGAAUGCACCACCAAGCUAUGUGCAUAGAUUUUGACUAUAUAUUCAUACUGUGUUGUUGUUAAAAAAUAAAAAAUAAAGCAAAACCGUUUUGCUACUUUUUAACAGUGUAACACCAUACUCUUAGCCACACCCCUUCGUUUCACAACACAACUUCCUUAUUAGAUAUAUUCUAAAUAUGUACUCAGCUCAGCCAAUGGGAGAUCAGUGUGAACUGAUCAGCUGACAUCACUGCACCUAUUAGCCAAUCACUGCCUUUUUAUUCGCACCCUUUCCCCUUAGCUUGGCUUUGAAAUACUAUACAGCUAAUAGGAGGACCGUGAUUGGCUCACUUGAACUCUCAUUGGUUACUCUGAUCUCUCAUUGGUUGAGCUACACUGUUUACCUUCCAAUAAGGAGGACAUUUUUUUUUUUAAAAGCAAAAAUUAACAGAUUUGAACAGGGAGAAAAUCACAGCAUAAGUAUGAGGUCAAAAUUAUGCAGUUGUUAUGUUGGCCCAAGAGUUUUCCUUUAAGUCCUCCCUUAUGUCAUAUCUAUUAUACCAUGGGUGGGAGCAUAACUUCUAAAAUCAGGUCCUCAUCUACCUAUUGUUCCUCUAACAUUUUGUAAUUGUCUCAAUUCUUGUUAAAUUUCCCCCUUUCAUAAUAUUGUAAUAUUAUAAGUUAUAAGUUGGCGCUCUAUAAAUACCAAUAAUAAUAACAGUAAUCAGCCAUCAACUUUACUAUAAAAGACACAUGAUAUAAACAACAAUUAUAAGUAAAUCAUGUAGUGAUAGAGAAUAUAUAUGUUGUGUGUGUUAUAGAACAUUCUAAAAAGCAUUUCAAAGGUUGACGUUAGGACUAGAUUCUCCCAUUGUUGUUUGAUUCACUCAGGGGCUUGCUGGAUCCUGGUAGUAAGUCCACAUGGCCUGUAUACAUGUCAAGAUCAUUUUGUAUCUGCAAUUGAGCCACUAGGGGGCACAACAUGCUGAGUGAGUAGGGAGAGCUGUUCAGAUAAGCGCAUCGUUAAAUCUAUACAUUUGCUGGUAAAUUUUCCAGGACAGUGCACAGAUACUAUUUAUAUGCACAUCCACGCCAUCCUUUGUAUAAAUCCCAACUAAAAAAACUCCAGUAAUUUAAAUGUACAUAGGAAUUUAGGAUAGUGCACAUGAAACGUUUUUCUAUUCUUUUUAUUGUAUGAGGCUGAUGUGCACUAUAGUCUUUGCUGCCACACAGGAGUAGUGGGAGUUUGAGCGCAGGUCUUCAUUUUGUCCAUUUAAAUCCCAAUAUACUGUCUGUCACCAUAAUUAGGUGCCCUCUGGUGGCGUAAUUGCAGACAGGAAAAAAGUUUUGAUUAUUAGAAAGUUCAUAUUAUUUUACAAAUUUAUUUCAAAAACUAGGUAUUGAGGCUAACGAGGCUAAAUCAGGAAAUGCACUGAAAAACGUAUAUGCAAUGAUAAGUUAUAUGCAUUAACAAAAUUAUACGGAAAGAGGCUAUAAUACACACAUUUUUUACAUUUAUUUUUUGCGACCAAAAAGGUGAUGAUUUAUUAACUUUAUAUGCACCUUUUAUAUGGGGCAGCUGCAACACAAAAAUACAGCACUACACAUUCUGUGUUAGAACACAAUGAGAGGUUUUAUUUUUUUUUGCAAAUUAUUUGCUUUUUUUUUUUUAAUUUAAUUUUUUAUAUUCUUUAUUUUUGUUGUGCAAUGAUAAGAAAGAAAGCUUGUGGAGCCACAACAGCAGUAACAAGCACAGCAAUAACAGACGGUAUAAAAUAUUGUCAUGACAUUUAGAGAAACUGCACAAUUUUUUAAUUAAUAAACUAGACGGUGUAUGUGAGCAGAGAUGUCAAGGGAAAAAAGAGAAAACUAAUAAGGCAUAUGUACUUGUUUGGUCAUAUGAAGCUAAUUGCCCCUGGGUGGGAAAAUAUAAAGAAUUGUGCCUGCAGGUCUUUGUAUUGGCCGGGGGACAUGCAUAAACCAAAAUAUAUAAACCAAACAAUAUAAACUACACAAAUGUGAGAAUUGCAUUUUUAGCAACUGGGUUCAGGGCCCUAGAGGGGGGUCAUGAACUAUGUAUAGGAGGAACCGUCAGCCUAUGCCUACAUUGGGCAUCAUUGGUAUAUACUUGCUAUGUCCAUGAUCAAGGUGUUGCAGCCCAUACACGAGUUUCCCCUUAGCUCACUCUUGCUCAGUAGCUGAUAUCGCAAUUUCUUGAACCCGAGGGUCACCAUUGCCACAGACUUGCCUGCCAGGGCCCCCAUGUGACGUUGCUCCCCGUGUGGAGAUCAUUGCCCAGGUGCAGGUCCCUCUUCAGACUGAUGUCCAGGAAGUCUGAAACACGCAUCAACAUGCAUCAGCGUGUGUAUGGCCUUCGGGGCCACUUCCUCCGUUUUCCCGCCAUAGGCGCAGCACCAGGGCCUCUCAGAGCAGGGAGUAAGUCAUCUUGGUUUCUCAAAGUACCAGAUUGAGCUCCAGGCGUUGGUGCAGGGUUCUGUGCUCGUCGGUUUAUUGUGUUCCCAAAUUUUGUCCACACACGGUCAGAGGCUUGGGCAAUUCAAUCUUCGCUGGAGGUCCAUGCUGUAGGUUUCCCUCCAGCAGCCAUCAUAGGUCCCACAUGGCAGAGGUUCCGCUCAGCUGGCCCAGCAGGGUCUUCAGGCUAUUAUCAAGCUGUGCUCCAGUGGGGACCGGGAUAACCUCACCAGUCCAAAAGGGAAGUUAUGGGGCUGUGCAGAGGCGUCAGCGAGUUACGCUCACCGGUUCGGGAGAUCGGACGCUUCUUCAGUCGCUGGGCCUAACAGGCCACAGAAUCAGGACCGGGUAAGAACCCGUCAAACAAUGCAAUUCAAGUGUUAAAUAGUGCAGGUAUAGGAAGCAUCGGUCUGCAGCUUAAACUGGGUGGUUUCUGCGAUUUAAGGUUUAGAAGGCCAGAGCUAAGAGAAAACACGUCCGGCCUUCUUGCUUGCAAGGCCCUGCCUCCCUCAAUACACACAUUUUUUUAGUUUCGAUAAUAACAAAAAAUUACAGUUUACAUUUAACCCGUUAACGCUGUUACGGCGUUCUAUGCCGUCCCCAUUUAACCGCUUAAGGACACAUGACAUGUGUGACAUGUCAUGAUUCCCUUUUAUUCCAGAAGUUUGGUCCUUAAGGGGUUAAAAGGGCUUUAAAGCCGUUGCGGCGGCAUAGAACGCCGUAACGGCUGAAGCCCAUGGAGCGCCCGGUAUACUCACCUUCCCAGCGCUCUGCUUCGGCACGACUGCUUGACAGCCCAGGCAGCCCUCCCACUGCAAAAGAAGCCCCCGGGGGCCAUGUGAUCGCUCUCAAAGAGCGAUCACACAAAGAGCGAUCUGCCAGCAGGGGGACUGUCUGAAAUAUCAGACAGUCCUCCUGCUGGUGGGAAGUAUUAAAAAAAAAUAAUUAAACAUGUUUAAAAUAAAAUAGAAAUGUAUUUAUAUAUUAUAUAUAUGUAACGUCAUACAAAGUGUAUUUUAAUAUUAACAUAAGUACAUAUAUUAGUAUUAAAAUGCACUUAGAAUGACGUUACAUAUAUAUAUUAUAUAUUAUAUUAUUUAUAUAUAUAUAUAUAUAUAUAAACGUAUAAUUACAGUAACAAAUAAAAUAGUAAAAUUAAUUAAAAUAUUGAAACAAAAUUUAAUAUAAAUUAUAUAUUCAUAUGUAAUUUCAUUCUAACUGUAUUUUGUUAAUAUAUAUAUAUAUAUAUAUAUAUGUAUAUGUAUGUAACAAAAUACACUUAGAAUCACAUUCUAUAUAUAUCUAUAUAUAAAAUACAAAUAACCGCAUAUAUAUAUAUAUAUAUAUAUAUAUAUAUAUAUAUAUACAUAUAAUUACAUAAAUUAUUACAUAAGUAUACACGUAGAAUUUAAAUACCUAUAAAUGCAUAUAUAUUAAAAUUCUACAUGUAUAUUUAAGUAAUCUUUUAACAUAAUUAUGUGAUUUGAUUAAUUAAAAUUUGAUUGACAUGCCUGACAACACAGGGAGAAAGUGCAGAGAAUUUAAUUUUUAAGCACUAUAUUUGACCCUGUAACUCUCCAAGACACCAUAAAACCUGUACAUAGGUGGUACUGUUUUACUCGGGAGACUUCGCUGAACUCAGAUAUUAGUGUUUCAAACUGGUAAAUUGUAUUACAACGAUUAUAUUUUAAGUAAAAGUGAAGUUUUUUGCAUUUUUUAGAAACGAACUGCACUUUUACUAUAUUAUUGUUGUAAUAUGUUUUACUGUUUUAAAACACUAAUAUUUGUGUUUAGUGAAGUCUCCCGAGAAUAACAGUACCCCCCAUGUACAGGUUUUAUGGUGUUUUGGAAAGUUAGAUAAGGCUUGCAUUUCAUUUUUUUGACAUUGAAAUUUGCCAGAUUGGUUAUGUUGCCUUUGAGAGCGUAUGGUAGCCCAGGAAUGAGAAUUACCCCCAUGAUGGCAUACCAUUUGCAAAAGCAGACAACCCAAGGUAUUGCAAGUGGGGUAUGUCCAGUCUUUCUUAGUAGCCACUUAGUCACAAACACUGCCCAAAUAUUUUUUUUUUCUUUUUUCACACAAAAACAAAUAUGAAUGCUAACUUUGGCCAGUGUUUGUGACUAAGUGGCUACUAAAGAAAGACUAAACAUACCCCACUUUCAAUACCUUGGGUUGUCUACUUUUUCAAAUGGUAUGCCAUUAUGGGGGUAAUUCUCAUUCCUGGGCUACCACAUCGUCUCAAAGGUAACAUUACUAAUCUGGCAAAUUUCAAUUUGAAAAUGGAACGUUCUAUAUUUGACCCUGUAACUUUCCAAAACACCAUAAAACCUGUUAAUGGGGGGUACUGUUGUACUCGUGAGACAUCGCUGAUUACAAAUAUGUGCAUUUUUUUGCAGUAAAACCUAACAGUAUUAUGACAUUCACAGCUAAAAUAUCAGAUGGAAAUACAAAUUUAAAAAAAAGUUAUUUUCUCACAUUUUUUUAAAUUUUAUUCAUAAUAAAUUAUGUUCCAUAUAUGAAUAGUUAAUGAUAAAUUAAAGCCCUGUUUAUCCUGAACAAAAUGAUAUAUAAUAAGUGUGGGUGCACUUAAUGUGACAGCGGUGAAUUACGGUUGAACAGACAUAGAGCGCAAAUUCCAGUUUUGUUUACGUUUUGUUAUGAUCAGAACGUGUACUAUUGACUCCGUCCUGAAGGGGUUAAGCCCAGAGGAACAACUUGACAAAACAACAUUUAUCUGGGCCUUUUAUUGUGGCCAGUCUAUGGCACACCUGUGCAAUAAUCAUGCUGUCUAAUCACCAUCUUGAUAUGCCACACCUGUGAGGUGGAUGGAUUAUCUCGUCAAAGGAGAAGUGCUCACUAACACAGAUUCUUACCCAUCCAAUAUAACCAUUUUUUUUUUUUUUUGUAUCAUGCUUUAUUUAGUUAGAUUUAGAACGUAUUAUGUAUUACUCUGUAUGCAGGAAAUUGUUGUUUUGGUUACACUAUUCCUACAUUGAUACCACAAAGGAUGCUAAACUAUAAAAGUAUUACAAUUAUCAACACAGAACACUGUAGUUGAAGGAUUGUCUCUUACACUGAGAUUCUUCAGCAUUUUCCUCUUUGGAUUUUGUCUGAUUUUCUGUCCCGUUCACCCUAUUUGUUGUAUUACAGCUUUAUAUAGAACCUAUAUUUCAUGCUCCUAACUUCAGCUUUUUCUCAUCCUGCAGACUGCAUCCUGGGUCCACAAGCAGAAGGUAAAGACUGCAGUGUUGAUAUGCUGAAGACCACAAAUACGACUUUCUUACCUGUAGCAGGUCCUAGUAUAAAUGUGUAUCAGGUUCAAGAGCAGGAUCAGGUGUGUGUAUUCAUUAGCAAAUCAUGUGAGUGUCAGAAAGAGCGAACUACGAUCAGGGAAGACGAAGCACAAUGA